AUGGACGUGGGUUGCUUAUCAAGGUUUUGCCGUGGAGUUCCAGAGAGUAAGUUGGCGAUUCAUGACCUUGGGAAUCGGAAAGCCCCGUCUGAGGCAUUUCCAGUCAGAGUGAAUCUCAUUUCACUUGAGAGAGAGCAUUUGAGUGCUGAAGCCUUGGAGUCGUGUCGUAUUGCAGCUAACAAAUACAUGGUAAAGACUCUUGGCAAGGAGAAUUUCCAUAUGAGGAUUUGCCCACAGCCUUUGAAUAUUCUCAGGAUCAACAAGAUGUUGACAUGUGCUGGUGCAGAUAGAUUGCAGACUGAUGUGGUCAGAGAGGCAUUAAGAAGAGCCAGAAAUAAGUUGCCAGGAAAGCAGCUGAUCCAAAAUUCCCAAAAGCAUGGAUUUACUGGCUUGUUUAGAGAUGAGUACGAUGAACUGAAGGCGAACAAGAGACUUCUUUCGAGAGGGUUAGUCAGUUAUGAGAAUCAUAUCCCAAAUGAUUGCUAA